AUGGAGGUGAAUGUCACCAAGCUGGUUCGCCGGCACCUGCUCUCCACAUCAACGCUUUCAAUAGUGGAUAUUGUCCCCAAGGACCUGAUUGAGAUCGACGAGCAGCCCCAGCUAGAGAUCCUCUUGAACCAAGGCCGGGGCUCCAAGGUGCUGCUCAAGCUGACUGAACGAGAGUCGUUCGAUGUGGCCAGGGGCGUGCAAAAUACCACACCAAACAUGCCAAUCAUGGAGGCAAUAAGGAUCAGCUGCAGCAUUCCAUUUCUGCUACCAUUCUGCAUGCAUGGUGGCGAGGUGUGUGUGGACGGUGCUAUCAUGCGGUACUUUCCUUAUGAAGAGCUGGAUGACAUCCCGAAUCACAGCAAGAUAGGAGUUUGCAUACUGGGAGCUGACCGCAUACUUGGCAAGGAGCUCAACAUGUACGCAUACUUCUGCAUGCUUCUGGCAGCAGCACUGCGGUUGUGCCCCGCACCAGCGAAUGAUGAAUGUAGCAUACUGCGCAUCAAGACCAAACCAGAGAAGACACUUCCAGGUGCAGCAGAGAUUGAGAGGAUGGUGGCCAGGGGUAAUGCAGAGAUGGCCACCUUCAUCAAGAUACGAGCAAAGGCAAAGCCUGAUUGA